CGUUUGGAGAAUAAAAUUUGUCUAAUGGAUAAUUAAAAUUCUUCGUAUAACAAAGUUUAUUGGAAGUAUCAAAAUUUAUUGAAAAAUGGAGGGCUCAAUAUCAUGGGACAAUUUUUACAAAAAUUUAGUCCUAUACAAAUCCACGAUGGAGUAUGACAGCGAGUACAGGGAUAAAACUAAAGAUCCGCUACGUUUAACUGGAGGAAAAGAAGAUGAUGAUAUUCCGGUAUCCCCUUACUUGUCUUGCAAGGGUAUUAUGGACCAAUUCGAUUCCAUUAUAAACGAGUAUAAAAAAGCUGUGGGUCCUUGCGGACAAGGUGCUUGCAAAUAUUCGCAAAAUUUGGCCGAAAGGGCUUGCAGAAAGGAACAAGUUAACGUGAAAAGUCCUGAUAUUGAAAUCGAUUCCUGUAUGGAUGUCAAGUGCCCUUUUUCUUUACCAAAGUAUAAAGGCCUUAUGACCCCAGAAAAAGAAGAAAAAGUUCCCUUAAACUACUGCGGGGUAGUUGACUGUCCCUUUGCCACUAGAAACACUAUCCGCAAAGACGGCCAAAUCCAAGCCGCAUGCGGAAAACCUUCUUGCGCCUUCACUAAAUUCCAACUUGGCCUAGUAGACGACGAUGCCGUUGACGAAGUCGGCCAAGUGCCGGACCGCAAGACGGGGUAUUGCGGGAAACCCAAAUGUAAAUAUCCAGUCACCGGUCCCAGUUUGCCGCCAAUACAUUGGGACUGUCCCGAACCGCUUCCCAAAGGAGCUUGCACGAAUCCCAAUUGUCCGUAUCUGCCCGCUGAUUUAAAAGCUUUGCAGGUUUUGGUGCUAAAAGGACCUUGUGGGAGUCCUUCUUGUACUCACAUAUUUCCCAAACCAAAGACUUCUUCCCCUCGCCCCCCUCAACCUCGCUUUUCAUACUGCCCCCCUGAAGAGGAAGACGAUUGCGAACCAAAAUGCGUAGGUCAGAAAACUAAAAAUGACGUGUGCGAAAAUCCCGAAUGCCCAUUUCAAAACAGCCAAUCUUGCGACAGCAGCAACGAUUCUUUAAAAGGUACAUUUGCGAUUUGCAAUAAUAAAAACUGCCCCUAUGCAAAGGCUAAAAGACAACAAACUCCAUUAGAUAGUGAAUUUUGCGGCAAACCAGGUUGCCCCUAUGGACAAAAUCAAAAAUCAAAAAAACCUAGAACCACUUGCGACGGAGACUUUCCUGAAAAGUGUAGUAUACCGGAUUGUCCAUACAACAAGAACAACAUAAAUAAAAAAAAAGUUUGCAGUCCAAGUAAUAUUUGCGAAGAUCCUGAUUGUCCUUUCAACGUGGACAGUGAUGAUGAAUACUAUUGCACAGAAACAUGCGAUGAAAAACAAUCCUGCAAUAAUCCCAAAUGCCCCUUUGCCUCCUGCAAAAACGUUAAAACCAGAUGCAAAAACCCUGACUGCCCUUUCAAAAGUGAAGGUUUUAAUAAGGAAUGUGGAGAUUCUUCAAGUGAUGAAGACAAUAAGAAAAACGAAUGCCAGGAGAAUUCUAGUGAGAGUGUUUGUAGCAAUCCCAACUGCCCCUUUGCCAAAAAAAAUGAAAAUACGUGCCAGGAUUAUAAACGUAAGCCGGAAAAAACUGUAAGGAUAUGUGAUCCAGAUAAUCUUUGCGCCAAUCCGGACUGUCCGUUCGCAAAAAAGAUCCAAAAAAAUAAUAAAUGUGAUGAUGAUGUUACCAUUGCAUGUGAAGACCCUUGCUCCGAAACACGACAUUGCGAGAAUCCCAGUUGUCCUUUCGCUUUAAAAACAGCCUGUCUGGAUCCCUGCAACGAAACAAAGUCCUGCGAUAAUCCCGAUUGUCCUUUCGCCUUUAAAAUAGCCUGCACAGAUCCAUGCAAUGAGACACAAUCCUGCGAUAAUCCUGAUUGUCCUUUCAAACAACGGAAACCCUUGCCAGGUUUUGGCGUGUGCGGGAAUCCCGAAUGCCCUUCAGCCUAUGAAACGGUUUGCGAAGUGCCAUGCAGUCCGUUCGAGUAUUGCGACAACCCCGACUGCCCUUAUCAAUUGGAUGCUCUUGCAGCCCUUGAAGAGGAAGGGGAAGGAGAGGAAGGCGCGGAGGACAAUGAGGUCAACUCUGGAAGAAAAUCAAGUCAAAAAUCGGUCGAAGGAAGAAGGGGGAGUAAAGAUACGAAAAAAUCGCAAAGUAAAAGCACGAUGGAAUUGAAAACCGCCGCGGAAGUGAAGCCUGAGUCUAGAGCCAAAAGAUUUAUCAAAAAAAACCCUGCGGUUUACAGGAAUAACAUGAUUGGACACAGGGAUUGUUUGACGCCAUAUUUUCAUGUUCCCAGGAAUAUGGGCUGGCUAUGGAAUUUAUAUGAUCCAAUGGCGUGUGGAGAUCGUAGAGGGUUCAAACCAGGAGCGGUACUUCGCAGCGUGGCUAAAAUAAUCCAAAAACACAAGAGAAUGAAAGCCAUGGAAAAAGUGUCAGAAACCUUUGUGGCAGAGAAAAAACGAACCCUAACAGUUUCGAAAGAUAAGGGAGAAUAUACCGUUACUGUAAACCCGCUCAAAGAACCUUUCUCUUUGGCCUCGAGGGCCGAAAGCGUAUACAUGGACUGCUCCCCCAUGCAGUUCAAAAUCAAAACGAACAAAAAGCACAGAGAUUAUACAACAUGUAUUUGUGAUGAAGAGGAAACGUCGUCCACUUCUUCGGAUGGUUUGAAGAUCGAGUUCUCACCCCCAGCCGCGAAGAAGAAUCCAGCUUUCUUCCCAACGAAGAAAGUAAUUAAGUGUAUGGAGACGCAGUAUGAUAAAAAAGAUCUUGCUAAGAAAAAGGAUAAAAAAGGCGGCAAGGGUGGAAAGGGCGGCAAAAAAGGCAAAGGCGGAAAAAAGGGCAAAGGCAAAAAGAAGUAGCCACAUUUUAAGCGAAUAAUUUUACAUAACUUAUGUGCUUGUUAUUAUAAAUUAAAUUCAUUUAUAUUUAUCGAAUCAAACCUUUUGAUCAUCCUUCGGUUUACAUUUAAUGUAUUUAACAUAUGAGUAUCAAAUAUUAAUAAAAACGUUAUUGUCA